ACUUAAAAAACAGAAGGAGAAAAAAUUGAUAAACAAUUUAGUAGAUGAAAAAGGCUGUUUACAAUUUAAAAAUGAAGAAAUAAAAAAGAUAAUUAAAGAAUACUAUGAGAAACUAUAUGACAAGUAAGAAACCCCAUGGGAGAAAAUGACAGCAUCUAUUCAACCAUACUUCAGUUGGGAGAAAUGAAUUAUGUUAAAUGCUGACAACUCACAACAUGAUUAAAGGCUGGCACAAGAGUAUUCAGAAGUUCUUUGGAUUGCAUUUCUUCAAAACAGAAAAUUGGUGUUUCACUAUAAUUUGCAUAAAGGUCUCCUCCCUUUUAAACAAUGUAUAAUUUCCUGAUACCAGCAGCAGAUUACUGAGUGCAUUGUAAGAGACUGCACACCAAUUUUUUUAAAAAGGAACAAUCUCAUUUGAACUGAACUCAGCAUCUAGUUGGUUUAGAAGUGUCCUGCCAUUGCCUUCUUUUGACUUUUAACUAAUGAAAAAAGGAGUAUCUUGACUAGACGGUUUGUAAAAUGAAUUCGAAAGUAAUUUAUUCUGUCAUAGCAAUAUGCCUCACCAUCAUUAUCAUCUUAGUUUUGGUUUUCCGAAAUAGAGGAGAAAAACCAGUGGGUUGUCAGAGCUCUUCCAGGGGGCAAGAGGAAAGCAGUCAGGAUGCUGCCAGCCAGGUAUUUCAAGAUUUAACUCCAGAAGAGAUGAUGCAAGUAAAAAAGUAUUUACAAUCCAGCCUGGGAGUGAGACUGGUAGAUGCGUCAAAAGCCAAGCCAUCAGACAACUGCAUCUAUUCCAUCACCUUGCAACUGCCCCCCAAAGCAGCAGUGCUACAAUUCCUAGAUUAUCAAGAGGUUAAGCCUGCACGGGAAGCUCUUGUUGUGGUUCAUUUUGGAAAUCAGCCAGUCCCAAAUGUCACUGAAUUUGUAGUAGGUCCUCUUCCAAAGCCAGAGUAUCAUCAAGAUAUUACAUUGCCGAAAUAUGGAAAAAUGUUGCCUUAUUUCCAAAGGAUGCCUUUGAUAAAUGAUGUGGUUAAAAUAUAUAAAAUGUUGCUGCUGAAGGAAUAUUUCAAGGCCCCAAAUUUCAUGAGAAAAGCCCUUAAUUAUCCAGCAAAAAUUUUCAUGUUCAAUUUUGCACUGCCAGGGCUAAAAUCAGGAGAUCGCAAAAUCUGGCUAAAUCACUUACAAUACACUCCUGGCAGCUAUUUGCAUCCAGUUGGAUUAGAGAUCCAAGUGGACAUUAGCAGCCUGGAUCAUUCUCAGUGGAACGUGGUAAACGUAUUUUAUAAUGGGCAAUAUUUUGAGGACAUGAAAGAUAUCGAAAAACAAUUCAACAUGGGAAAGGUUAAAGUAAACAAAGUUAAAACACCCCCCCUUGAUGGGGGAUACUCAUCACUGAAGCAGAGAGUCCCACCACAAGAACCAAGUCCUUUGCAUUAUGAACCUCGUGGACCACGAUAUAGAAUUCAGAAUAACCAUGUUACCUUCAUGGACUGGAGUUUGGCUUUUGGAAUUGAUGUCUACAGAGGACCACGUAUGUUUGAUGUCAGAUUUAGAGGAGAGAGAAUAAUCUAUGAGUUAAGUUUACAAGAUGCAAGUAUUUUCUAUGGCUCCAAUAGUCCUACAAUGAUGUCUAUCAGAUCCAUGGACAUGGUCUUUGGAUUUGGGUCUAGAAUGUUCACACUUACCCAAGGGGUGGAUUGCCCCUACCUGGCUACUUACCUGGAUGUACACACUUUUCUUGAUACUUCAUCCCCUAAGACUCAUAAAAAGGCCAUGUGCAUCUUUGAACAGAAUUCUGAGUUGCCUCUGAGACGUCAUUUUGAAAACAUCCAGUCUCCAUUUUAUGGAGGGUUGUCUGACUCAUGUCUGGUUAUCAGAUUCAUAUCUGCACUUGGCAACUAUAACUAUAUCUGGAACUUUGCUUUUCAUCAAAAUGGAGCUGUUGGUGUCCAUGUUAUUGCCAGUGGAUACAUUCUAACUGCUUUUUACUUUGAUGAUGCUGAAAACUUUGGUAACAGAGUCCAAGAGUGGGCAUCAGGAUCAAUUCACACCCACAAUAUUAAUUUCAAACUGGAUAUGGACAUUGGUGGUGUGGGCAAUAUGCUGGUUGGCAAUGACAUGACCUUUGAGACACUGCAGGCCCCUUGGAGCCCAGAACAUAAGAUCUAUCGAAUGAAGAAGGUGAGCAAAGUUUUCAAUACUGAGAACCAAGCUGCAUUCCGCCUCCAUGAUGCCAUGCCCAAGUACAUUUAUUUUGCUGCCAAUGACAGCAGCAAUAAGUGGGGCCAUGAAAAAGGCUACCGGAUUCAGAUAGUCAGCUUUUCUGGAGACCAUCUAUCAGAAUCUGAUCCAUUGGAGUCAGCCUUCAGUUGGGGCAGGUACAAGUUAGCUGUCACAAAGCGGAAGGAGGAGGAGCCGACCAGUAACAGUGUCUACAGCCAAAUGGAUCCAUGGGAUCCUCCUGUUGCCUUUUCUGACUUCAUAAACAAUGAGACCAUUGUCAAUGAGGAUCUGGUUGCCUGGAUCAAUGCUGGCUUUUUGCAUAUUCCACAUGCUGAAGAUGUGCCCAACACUGCAACCCUUGGGAAUGUGGUUGGUUUCUUCUUGAAACCAUACAAUUAUUUUGAUGAUGACCCUUCCAUGUUUUCUCCAGACAGUGUUUACUUCAACAGCCUGCAGGACCCCCUUUCCUGUGAGGUCAACCAACUUGCAUGUCUGGCAAAAAUAGCUUCAUGUUUGCCCACUUUCCCCUCUUUCACUUAUGAGGGCUUUAAAAACUUAACAACUUUCUAAUAUCUUCUAGUUUUUGAUAGAUGGAUGCAGGAAAGGUCAAUUGGAAACUAAUGUAACAUAUAUAAGACAAGCAGCUUCUAAUCCUGAAGAGUAUCUUAUGGUGUCUUAGAAACAUGACUCUAAUGUUGUACUUGCAAUGUUGUAUGCAUUUAUGAGUUUUUCUGAAUACAUUUCUAUAAAAAAACCCUGUGAAUAUAUAACAAUAUGCUGACUCUGUAAACUGCUUAGAGAGGGCUGUAAACUUUGUGAAGCGGUAUGUAAGUCUAAGGACUAUUGCUAAGUACUGUAACUUUCCAAAGUGUUGAGAGCCAGAACUGUCAGAAAUAAGGAAAAGAUACCAUUGUCAAAUCAGACUUCUGGCAACUGGAUCCCUACAAUUUUCUUAAUAUGUUCAUGAAAGUGAUUUCCUAUUGCCACUCAUGGAAUAUCCUUUUCUUUUUUAUAACUUCCCAGUCUAGCCUACAAUCCAGGAAUCCCCAGUCUGUUUCCCCUUAUUUUUAUUAAUCAGGGCCAAUCUUGUUUAGCUUCAGCCAGGAGCUGAUUUUGUCAGAAUUAAUAUAUUUUCAAGACUAAUUUCUAACUCAAAUAUAAACAUGCCAUAUGAAGAUGCCUGCUUGCUCUUUUGGAACUAUCUGGGACUGCCUAUGAAGCAAAAGCUGAAGUCUAACAUUGAAAGAGAGCAUAAACCAUAAACCGGAUUUCUUCUCUGCUUUAUCUUUUCUGUGAGUGAUGUUCCUUCUAAGUUGAAUUCUGGAUCACGGUGUAGGCAUGUUCCUCUGCAUAGGUAUACAGACUCUUCUCAUGAUACAUCUGCAGAAAUCUCAUUUUACAGAGAAUUUAUUAUUCUUCCUUGCUGCAUUGUGAACUUCCCACUAUGCAGAAAUCAAUUUUCUUAAAAGAGCGAACUAAUAUUUGUAUUGGGGAAUCCCAAGCUCCAUUUUUUGAAGGAAGAACU